AUAGGUUAGAUUCUGAAUUCGAACGUCAGUUUUUUUUGAAAUGAAUAAUUCCAAUAUUUGUAUGAUUUGUUUAGACAACAGAGAUAAAAUAAAGAAUAUAGCAGAUCUGGGCUCAUCAGAUGUAUGUCUUCGAAUAAAAUUAGAGAAAUGCAUACCAGAACUUGAUUGGAAGAAUGAUUACACUAUUUGCUCACAAUGUUCGAAGCAGCUGGAAAAUGCUUACGAUUUUCGUGAACAAUGUUUAAAUUCACAAACUGAAAGAUGCAAAUUAUGGGAGGAAAAAAUGGUUAAUUCAGAAAUAGCGAACACUGAAUCGAAAGAUGAUACAAUUUCUUCGAACCACGUUGAAACUAGCGAUAUAUUGGAAGAAGAAGAGAAUAUUGAGUCUAAAGCUUUUACAUGUUUUCAAUGUAAUGACAUAUAUUCGAAUAAAACAUCCUUAACUAAGCAUAUUAAAUUGCAACAUAGAAAGUCAAAAGAAUUUUUUUGCAAAUACUGUUGUAAACGUUAUGUUAAUGAAAGUUUUUGCGUGAAACAUGAGAAAAUCUGUCAUCUGAAGGCAGAUAAAAAAGAUUUAGAUGCAGAAGAAACAAUUACUAAUGAAACCGGAGACCAACCACCAGAAAUUGAUAGGCAGAAUAAAUGUGAUAUUUGUGACACCUCCUUCAACAACAAGUAUCUCCUGAAGCGGCACAGAAAAUAUGUUCAUGCUACCGAAAAAAAUUUCAAGUGUGACCAGUGUUCCAGUACCUUUGUUUCUUCAGUUUAUUUGAGCGCACAUCAGAGAUACCAUUCUGGUGAUAGGAAACACAUUUGUUUGUUUUGUGGAAAGAGGUAUAUAACUGCAAGUGAUUUAUACCAUCAUGAGAAAAUACAUCAGAACAAAAGAGCCUACAAGUGUCACUUCUGUGAUAAAGCUUUCAACACUUCUUCCGACUUACACAAACAUAAAAUUUGUGUACAUAUGGAUAGAAAUUUAUGGAAAUAUUCGUGUGAAUAUUGUAUGCGUAAAUUUCCUCUGAAGACUAAUCUGGAUGCUCAUAUAAAAUUACAUACUGGUGAAAAGAAUUUCCAUUGUAAUUUAUGUGAUAGGAAGUGCAUUUCAAGAUCCGCUUUGACACGCCAUCUAGAGACUCAUACUAGGUUGAAAUCUUUCAAAUGUGAAAUUUGUAACUUGGGAUAUAAACAUCAGAAGUCCUUAGAGGUUCAUAUGGCAAAGAGUCAUGGGGUGGGUGACAUAAAAGUACCCGAUAGGGAGAAAAAGUACUUCUGUCAUCUAUGUCCAAAAAGCUUUCAAGCAAACUGCAAGUUGGAAAAACAUGUUAGAAGCCACACAGGUGAUAAACCAUUUAAAUGUCCAAGUUGCGAUAAGUGUUUUGUGGAUAAAAGUUACAUAAAACAGCAUCUAAAGGUUAAACACAAACAAGAUUGAAGUCGGUUUUAAUGUUUAUUUAUUUAUCCUAAAAUCAAGAUGUUUCAUAAGAGUAUUGUCACACAAGAAUUGAAAUCAAACAAUUUUGUAUUGAUUUUUAUUUAAAAUAUAGAAUAAUUUAACAAUA